AGCGCCUCUGCGCGUCCUUCACUCCGGCGGUGUUAUAAACACGUUACAAAAUUCGCGUUUCCGUGGAUUUUGUGGAUCCGUGACUCCGCUGCGCUGUUCUGUCGGGAUUUAUGGAGUGAGAGGAGCGAGCAGGAGCCGCGAGAAGGAGUCCUCUGAAGGGAAUAAAGUCUUAUUCGACGGGCAUUUCACUCUUUUAACAGAUCCUUCCAUUUCCUUCGUGAAGGCAGAGAUGACCGCUCCAAACUCAGAAGAGAGGAAGGCCUGCUGGGACUCCAGGGAUCUGCUCUGGAAAUGUUUAGACGACAACAACGACAGUGUUUCAUCCUGCCAGGAGCUGCAGAGCCAGUUUGAGGCAAAGUGUCCAGCUCAGUGGGUGAAAUACUUCACCAAGAGGAGAGACUUCCUGAAAUUCAAGGAGAAGAUGCAGACAGAAAGCUUCAAACCGGCUGAAGGCCCCCAGGAGGAAUCUUAACCUCCGCUCUGCAGAAAAACCACCACACGCUGCUCACUGACAGACUUUACCUCUUCAUCAAGACCUGCAGGACUUUGGAAGCAGUUUCCAGCUGUGAUGGUGUGUGUGUGUGUGUGUGUGUGUGUGUGUGCGCGCCUGUAUUUCACCUUUUUGUCGCUAUUUAUUGAAUCAGAGAUUUAAGGAAUCCAGCACGAAGGACCUGUCUGAAAGUUAAUUGAGCUCCUUGUUUGGAGCCGUGGAGAGGCCUGUUGGAGUUUUAAAAAUUCCAAAUCACACUGGAAUGCACCCACUCUUCUGGUAUGAGUUACUUAAAUCAACAUUUGGUACUGAAAACAUCGUGUAUUCAGUGAUCUCUGCUCUGCAUCAGCACAAAUGUUGACAUUAACUUUUUAUGUAUUCGUGCUCGAUCUGUUCUGAUCAGCGAUUUCCAAAUAAAUACUGAUUAUUAAUGGG